AUGGCCCCAACCGAUUACCACCGCCUAUCCGAGGAUCUGGACAACGUCUCAAUCACAAACGACGAAAAGUAUGAGCCGCCAAAGAAAAAGUCCCGAGUGAAGCGCGCCGGGGGUGUGCUGGCCGCCGCGCUGUCUCUGGGCCUCUACACGGCGGCCGUGCUAUACUACGCGCAGGAGGUCAUUCACAAGCCGUACUGCCCGAGGUUUGCCGCCAGUGAUACGGUGCACUUGUGGGACCAGGUCGGGUACAAGCCGAUGGGCUUCAACCCCGCCACGCCUCACCACUCCGACGGCUUCCUCGGCAAGCCCAACCCCGAGCUGGAUAGGAACUGGCGCAAGCUGCUUCUCACCUUCUCGUCUCGCCUGCCCGAUUCCGAAGCGCAAAAGCUGGGCGACUCCAACGACGCCAUCCCAUUCGACGACGGCAAGGGCGGAUAUGUCGGCGGCAUCGCCGUGGUGCACAACCUGCACUGCAUUAACUACAUCUACCAGACCAUCCACGAAGACUACUACUUUCCCAACAUAACCGACAAGGGAAAAGCAAAACAGCGAAGCCACCUCACACAUUGCCUGCACCACCUGCUCGGAUCGUCCAAGUGCCAGGCCGACAUGACGCCGGUGCUGCUGCACUGGUCGGCAGACGACUACAUCCCCGUGCUCCGGUGGGACGGCGUGCAGCGGUCGUGUGUGGAUUGGGAGCGCUUGAUGAGCUGGGGAGAGGAGCAUUCCAUGGUUCAUUCCGAGACCAUGUCGUCCGUUUCUCACAUGAAGCAUCCUAUUUUCGGCAACUUUCUCGACGAGCAUGGCAAAUUCGUCGAGCACAAUGUCGAAGGCGUGGUGGACUUUGAGGAGUUUUCCCAGCGCGAGGACUACAAGAAGUGGGCGCGGGAGCAGGGAAUCGGCACCGGCAAGGAAGAUGCUGAAAGGUUUUUGGAGGAGUUUGCCAGGGAGCAAAACAAGCAGCACUGA